CUAGCGCAUGCGCGUUAGGUCCUGGCCGCUAUGCGAGUGCUCGUGGGUGGUGGGACGGGCUUCAUUGGGACAGCCCUAACCCAGCUGCUAAAAGCCAAGGGCCACGAAGUGACACUGGUCUCCCGACAGCCUGCGCCGGGCCGGAUCACGUGGGAUGAGCUCGCUCUGUCGGGUCUGCCUAGCUGUGAUGCCGCAGUCAACCUGGCCGGGGAGAACAUCCUCAACCCUCUCCGAAGGUGGAAUGAAGCCUUCCAAAAAGAGGUUCUCAGCAGCCGCCUGGAGACCACCCAAAUGCUAGCUAAAGCCAUCACCAAGGCCCCACAUCCCCCCCGGGCCUGGAUCUUAGUCACAGGUGUAGCUUACUACCAGCCCAGCCUGACAGCAGAAUAUGAUGAAGACAGCUCAGGAGGGGAUUUUGACUUUUUCUCCAAACUUGUAACCAAAUGGGAAGCUGCAGCCAGGCUUCCUGGAGAUUCUACACGGCAGGUGGUGGUGCGCUCCGGGGUUGUGCUGGGCCGUGGGGGUGGUGCCAUUGGCCACAUGCUGCUCCCCUUCCGCCUGGGCCUAGGGGGCCCCAUCGGCACAGGCCACCAAUUCUUCCCCUGGAUUCACAUCAGAGACCUGGCAGGAAUUCUGACCUAUGCCCUUGAAGCAAACCACGUGCAGGGGGUCCUGAAUGGAGUGGCUCCAGCCUCCACCACUACAAAUGCUGCAUUUGCCCAAGCCUUGGGUGCUGCCUUGGGCCGCCCAGCCUUCCUCCCUGUUCCUAGUACUGUGGUACAAGCUGUCUUUGGGCGAGAGCGUGCCAUCAUGUUGCUGGAAGGCCAGAAGGUGAUCCCACGGCGGACACUGGCCACAGGCUACCAGUAUUCCUUUCCAGAGUUAGGGGCUGCCUUGAAGGAAGUCAUAGCCUAGGUAAGGAAGCACAUGGCAAAGGGCCUGAGUCCUGUCGCUCAACAGAAGCUUCUUGGUUAGACACUGUAGAUAGGCUCAGCUACUCCUGUGUGUGUGAGAUCUGAAGCCAUCUCAUUCUUGGGGAUUCCUCCUUCCCAUUGUUUUGUUGUUCCAUCUUACUUAGCUGAGACUGUCCAGUCUCAAGGCCAUAAUCUCUUCAGGUUGGGGCUUUAACCUCUUUGACUUCUUGUAAAAGGAUUUCCAGGCUUGCUGUCCAUUGCUGCCCUGCUUCACCUUUAUACUGUGUAGAGAAUGCUCUGCAGCUUAAGCAAUAAAGAUGAAUGAUCUCACUAACCUCAGCUAAUCUCUUUGAUGUAGAUUCUCCUGGAAUUAAUUUCAAGGAAUGUCACCCUAGACGAUUCUUUCCCCUACAUAGGAUUUUGAAAGUUGUAAUGGGCAACCUAUCUACUCACCAUCUUCCCUUCUUGGUCUCUCUGUUGCCAAAAGAGCUGGUCACAAAUACGGGGUAUGAGGUCAUGAUAAAGGUAAUGAUUAAGAGAUUCACAUUGUGUGUAUGUAUCAAAACAUCACAUGUACCCUAUAAAGAUGUAUCUAUUAUAUACCCACAAUAAUUAAAACUUUAAAAAGACAAGAGAAAAUGAUCCAUUUCUAGUGGGGUCUGUAAUAUCCCUGCAUGCCUGUCACAGGGUGCCAUUAGAAUGCCAGCAGAGGAAGAGAUGAGGCCCAGGUGUAAGUCAUCCUUUAGUCUGUGUCACCAAAUGGCAGUAAAUCAAUAAAGCAAUCACAUGGUAUUCAGUGGUCCCAGUUUUUCAAGCUGCAGCAGGACAAAGCCAACAUCCCUGUUAUAAGAAGCCUCGGACUUGCCUCUCAUCUUACUACAGGACUUCAAGCAGACACAGGGCCAUAUAGCCACUUCAGUUGACCAGAGCCUUUAGCACAGAAGGGGAGAAGAUAGCUCUGGCCUACUGCACAUCCUUCAUCACUGAAAGUGAAAAGGGCAAUCCAGAACUAUAAACCCUAUCAGGGAAAAAAAGUCAACAGUAAGUUGUGAUUAUCUGUCAUACAUUGACCAGAAGUAGUUCUCCUAACCCCAGUUCAGGCCAUAUUGACCAACCUUCUUUCUUCUCAGGGGACUGUGUUUCUGAGUCAUUGUUAUUCCCUAACCAGGCUAUCUCCAACACAGCUGCCUCCAUCCCAGGUCAAUACAGUCUAGUGGUACAAAUCACCAACAGGGGCAGAGGUGAAGACACUAGGACCCAGGGACCCUCUCCAUUGUCAUUCUGCUCCUUAUGCACAAUUCAACUCCAUGCCACUUAGGAAGGCAGAAGUCAGAGCCUGAAAAGGAUCCUGUCCCAGGACUCCCUGCAGGGCCAAGAUAGAACAAAACCCAAAGGCACCUGUUCUGCUUUCUUUACCUCAUAUUAGUCUUGAGGGAGAUGACUGGCUCUGUAUUUUUCCUGGUGGAAUAACUGACCUCAAAGGUAAAAGUGAUAUAAAAGCAUAUUUUGGCUGCACUAAAGGAAGAACUGAUUAUUAAUACUGUCCACAUAGGCAAUAUGCUACCUUGGAGGCAGUAAAUUCCUAGGUACAGGAAUCAAGCAGACACAGGGCCAUGCCUAUAGGAAUCAGGGUGGAGAAAGCAUCUCAUGAUGUGAUAGCAGAAUUGGUCUGGUGGCCAGUCACAUGCCUUCCAACGAUGACUGUAGUUUUCAUUUUCCAGAUUGGAUUAUCUAAAACAGCGGUUCUCGACCUAUGGGUUGCGACCCACAGGAACUGUAUCAAAGGGCCACCACUUUAGGAAGGUUGAGAACCACUGAUCUAAAACCACUUGGUUCAACCUCUAUAAGCCCUCCCAUCGCCAUAUACACACAAAGCAGAAGUGCACCUUGCUUUAUGCAACAUAUGUCUUCUGUAGCAAAAAUGUUGAGAGCACAUUAACAUUGUCAAUCACAGAGCACAGCUUCAAAUAAUUUGGUGACUGCUCAGCAAGUGCAACUAACCAGAGACUUUGUGAUACAUUUGUUAGUCUGUAAACACACCUGAAUGCAACAGAAGAGCUGCCAUUUACAGGAACCCUGAGAGUAUUUUGGUAAAGCAAUUACCCCUAAUUUGUUUUCUAAAUGUAGAUUUGGGAGGUUACCCAAAAAGGAUGCAGCCAUUAAAGGGCAUGUUAUACUGAGGACACAGUGUUAAAAUCUAGGUGUGGGCCCUGGAGACAGGACCCACAUCUCUGAGGUUUGAGUUAGGGAGCCUGUAUAGCCACAGGCAACCACCUAAGACUUGGUCCAAGUACCUUUUCUCCAGGAAGCUUUCCUGCAUGUUCUCAUUUCUCCUCCCAAAACGAAUUUUUACCCCUGAUUUGUAGACAGAAGUAAAGGCCAAGCAGCUCAAUCAGGGUCACAGACAAGCGCAACUAAGACCAAAAGCCAAGUCUCCCUCUGCCUUCUUUACCAGCUCACGGCUACCCUCCUGCAAUCCAGCCCACAUGACACUGUAGCCCUACCAGGGCUCAGCAUUCCCUCCACUCUCCCAGGAGCCUAGCCAGCCCUGGGAAGCAUCCUGUUUUCUGAACAGCCAGAGGAGCACCAGGAGGAGGAAAGGCUUAGCUUCCUGCCACCUCUCUUCCAUCCUACUCUCCUCCCAAAUUCAGCCCGUUCCCAGACUUACCCUUUUCAGCAACCCCAGUCCCUAAAGAAACCUAUACUAAGACAAAGUUGAGAAGUUAAGACUGAGCAGAACCUCUGGAGAGCUGGCUGAGGUCCUGACUUGAUAUCAGGUCACUUUAUGGACCUAUACUCAAAGUGCCCCAGGAAAAAGCAUUCUUCACACUCAAAUGCUCUUCCUUGGUACUUCCUUACCCAAAGUACCAACUCAGAGUGAGUUUGGGUCAGAAUCUGAGCAGCAGAGAGACUCUCACAGCAGGGGCUGAGCUGGGAGAGGCUGGAGUUGAUGGGGCU